CUGCGCCUUUAAUUCCCGAGUUGGGAGGGGCGGUGGAGAAUUUCCGCUCCCCUACUCCCACCGCGGCUGCCACCGCGGCGGCAGCUGUCACCUGUAAGGCGAGCACCGUGCGCAGGGGAUGGAGCCUGACGCCCAUUGGACAGAAUAUAAAGGCAGGAGCCUACCCCGAAGACUGGGGGCCCUGCGGGGCGGCGGCGGGCGGCGUGCGCCGCGGCCCCCAGCUCCUUUCUACAGGAGACACGCGGGGCCCGCGGCUCGAGCUUGACCAAGGUCCAGCUUCGGGGACACGCCCGUCACGCCUCGGUGAAAACAUUCAGGUGAGCCUGGCCGAGGCGGACGUGACUCCCGGAACCCCAGCUCCCGCACGUCCCAGCCGGCGCCGCGAAGUCCACCUGCCCAGCAACCCGGAACCGCGCGUCGGUGGGAGGGGGCGGACCCGGCUCCCCUGCGCGGCGGGGACUUACCAUGGCGCUGGCCGCUGCCGCGGCCGCCGCGGCCGCCGGGGUGAGCCAGGCGGCGGUGCUGGGCUUCCUACAGGAGCACGGUGGCAAGGUGCGCAACUCCGAGCUGCUAAGCCGCUUUAAGCCGCUGCUGGAUGCCGGCGACCCCCGCGGCCGCGCCGCCCGCAGAGACCGUUUCAAGCAGUUUGUCAACGACGUGGCCGUGGUGAAGGAGCUCGACGGCGUCAAGUUUGUGGUGCUGAGGAAGAAGCCGCGGCCCCAGGAUGGACCAGAGCACCUGCCCUCCUGCUUCCCCAGCAUCCCAGGGGCACCAGCCCCUCCGUCGAAGAUCACUUCCGUCUCACAAGAGGAAACUGCUGCCUCUGGGGCUCCAUCCUUGGCCUCAGCACAGAGUGGGGUGGAAUCACCAGAGGAUCCAGUCCUGCCGUCAGAGUGGCAGGAUACCCCCGGAGCUCUGGCCUCUGAACUCACUCAGCUGACAAGGGAGCUAUUGUUAGGCCCGAACGAGCAGUCAGGACCGCCCUCGGACCAGACCUCCGAGGGACUCUCUGCAGACAUGACCCCACCGUCUAGGGUAUCUACGGAGGCAGCCUUGCCCGACACGGAGCCGCCAGACCUGGAACCUGGGCCUGAGCCGACCAAAGGGCCGCCACCACCUACUCCGUGUGCGCCGCCGCAGAAGCCCUGCAUGCUGCCGGUGCGCUGCGUCCCGGGCCCCGCCGCGCUCCGGAUCCGGGCGGAGGAGCAGGGCUUGCGUCGGCAGCUGUCGGAAGAGCCCAGCCCUCGGAGCUCCCCGCUGCUGCUGCGGCGGCUCUCGGUAGAGGAGUCCGGCCUGGGCCUCAGCCCGGGUCCCGGCCGCUCCCCGCACCUGAGGCGUCUUUCGCGCGCCGGCCCGCGCCUGCUGAGCCCCGACACCGAGGAGGUACCCGCCGCACUGCCGCCGUCCGCCGUGCCCCUGGAGCCGGCCGAACACGAGUGGCUCGUGCGGGCGGCCGGGGGCCGCUGGACCCACCAGCUUCACGGACUGCUGCUGCGUGACCUCGGCCUGGCGGCCAAGCGCGACUUCAUGUCUGGUUUCACCGCCCUGCAUUGGGCAGCCAAGAGCGGCGACCUUGAGAUGGUGCAGCAGCUGGUGGAGGUCGCGCGGCGUGGGGGCGCGCGGGUCGACGUGAACGCGCGCUCAUACGGCGGUUACACGCCGCUACACCUGGCCGCCCUGCACGGCCACGAGGAUGCCGCGGUGCUGCUGGUUGUCCGCUUGGGUGCGCAGGUUCACGUGCGUGACCACAGCGGGCGGCGAGCUUACCAGUAUCUGCCGCCCGGCGCCUCUUACGCGCUUCGCCGCCUACUUGGCGACCCCGGCCUGCGAGGCUCUACCGAGCUCGAUGCGACAGGUGGUGGUAGUGGCAGUCUUGCGGCCCGGCGCCCGGUGCAGGUGGCCGCCACCAUCCUCAGUUCCACCACCAGCGCAUUUCUGGGCGUCCUGGCCGACGACCUGAUGCUCCAGGAUCUGGCUCGAGGCAUGAGGAAGUCGGGCUCCUUCAGCAAAUUCUUGGGUGCCUCGCCAAUGGCUCCUCGUAAAAAGACGAAGAUCCGCAGUACUCUGCCAGUCUUUUCUGAAAUCUCCCGUCGACCCAAUCCGGGGCCCUUGGCUGGUCUAGUGCCCAGCCUACCACCUGCAACCUGACGGUUCCCGAGGCUAUAGCUUGGUUGCUCCAACCGGGCCUGCCUCACAGUCUAAGCCUGCCCGAGAUGGCUGUCCAACAUCUUCGGCUCCAUCUUGUUUCCAGCUUUGUCCACUGUAGCCUGUUCUACGCAUGUGGGCCUAUGCCUUCAGCUUCUGUAUGAAGCUUGACCUUUCUCAGUGAUGGGAUUCAAGAUCUCAGUGAGAGCCUCCUUUGAAGAAUUCCAGAAGUCAGGCUUGAACUUUGGAAAUUCGAAAUUUAAGAUCAAAGUUAAGGGGCAGCAGCUGGUCUGGCCCCUGAAUGAGUUAACCCAAUGCUUCUGCAUCUAUACACUCCCAAGCCAGAAUUAGAGCUUUGUGUGAUGAUGGAUGUUUGUCUGCAUUAAGAUAUGUAGUGCUUUUGUAAUCCGAUGCUUUUAUCCUGUUUUUAAAUUGAAAUGAGGUAAAACAAUUUUCAUAAAGUAACCUUUUGAAAUUAUAUUUUUCCAAAAUGUUCACUUUUCAAUCUUUUGCUAAAUAUUUUGGAAUUCUAUUUAACAGGAAAAAAAAGAUGAUCAAGAUCUAAAGGAAAUUAGUCCCAACCAACAAAACCCUUGAAUGGUUAUCUACCUCAUUUUAGGCAAUCAAGAUUCUAGAGUCUUGAACACAGUCUUGAAAACAUUGUGAAUGUAAUUAAUUUCAGUUGUACUGUGAAUGCUAAAUAUUAGAAAACAAGUAUAUCUUGGGAGUAAAAGUGAUUUAACAAUAAGAGAAAAGAGACAUUUUGUCAAAUAUAUUUAAUUUGUGGUUGUCUUUAUGGUGAAAUAUAAACAUAUGUCUUUGGCACUGGUGCCUGGAUAUUUUAAUUUGGCAUGAAUAUUUAAUUUUUAGAGAAUGAUAUAUUUAGGAAUUGCACCAUUGUGCCAUGUUUCUGAAUCUGUGACUUUCAAAUCCAGCUGAGCCUUUCAGUGCAUUAGGUGAACAUUCAAAGAAAAAAAAAAUGUUUCUGCAUUACACCAGGAAAAUAACUGGUUAAAUAGUAAUAGAUAUAAUUAAGGAGCAACUAUUUUAUAUGAAGGUUCUGUACAAACAAAAAGUACAUGAUAUCCGUUUUAAAAUGCCAUCUGAAAGCAAACAACUUAUAGCAAAAUUAGAAAUGCAGAAUCUCUGCUCAGUUACCUUAGAGAGGCGUGGCUUAACUUCUCUGUAUCUUUGCUCCUAUUUGUAAUUGAGAAAGUUUUAGGUAUUGCCAAGAUUUCUCAGGUUCAACACAGUGUAAUUAUAAUGGCUCUUCAUCUAUUUUAAAGAUGUGGUAUCUAAAAACAAACAAACAAACAAACACACACACACACACCCAAGAAAGGGAGGGUAGGUGUAGCUCAGUGGUGGAGCACAUGCUUAGCAUGCAGGAGGUCCUGGUUCAAUCCCUAGUACCUCCAUUAAAAACAAAACAACUCCUUUAAGGGAGGCAUCAGACGUUUUAUUUCCUUUGAAUUGCCAAGGCUAGGAACUCUCUUAACCUUUAACACAGAUUACUGGACUUCUCUUAACUAAUCAAAAUAAGAUGACAUAAUAUGGUAAUAAGAAGAAGGAAUCUGACUUCGGGCAGAAAGGAAGCAACUACUCUGUUUUAUUUAAAACAGAAGGUGUAGUGGUCCCUCAAACAUGGCUUGAUCAGGGUCAGUUGUGAAUGAGGUGAUGUGUUUCCACUUCUCCAUCCCUCUCUCUAUUCUAGGCUCUCCCUCAGCCUGCUUCAGUCUACCACUAACUCUUCAAACUCUUAGGUUGUCACCUCCUUUUGUGUGAGAGAAAAAAGACUUGAUGGAUAAAAACAUAAACUUACUUUGUUGACUACUGAAUUCAUCAUUCUGUGAAAACCUUUCACUUUGUGAAUGUGUGAAUAAAAUCUGUUAUUAAAAAAAAAAGACAAAACAAAACAACAACAAAACCAACAAAAAACCACACACACAUAAAGAUGUGGAAUCUAUUUGCUCAACCAAUCUAUUUUAUAUCAUAUUGUGAUAAUACUCUGCUUUUGCAAGUUGUGUUUGCAUGUCAUUAGUUAUACCAAAUCAUUUUUGUGGCACAAUACAGUGGGCCUCCUCUCCCAUAUAUAUAUCAGUAAGGCCUCUGAAAUUAUUUAAGGCAGUCCUUCAUGGAAUGUUUUGAUUUAAGCAAUGAAAUAAACAGUCUCCCACUUUG